AUGGACUCCACCAACAACCAAGACUCGCCGCUCUCCACGUCCGCCAACAUCAUCGGCAUCCUCACCUUUGUCGUGGCCAUUGCCGCCGCGGCAUACGCCCGCAUCGCCUUCCUGCGCAACAGCGACGACGAGUACCUGCGCGUCAAGACGUCCCCGUCGUGGUACAAGACGGAAUCGACCUGGCUGGCGGAACUGCUGCGCGCGCUGGACGACGCGCAGGAGGAGGAUGAGAAGAAGAAGACGACGACGACGACGCCAAGGGGGCGGCAGUCGCGGCGGCAGAGGCAGCAGCAGAUGUACAAGUUUGUGAUGGACGACUUGCUGAAUCUGGAGCAGAGGCUGCUGGAUCUCGUUACCGAUAUAGAGGUCAAGUCUGCGCUGAGGGGCACUGCGGAAUGGGGGCUUCUGCCGAGGCGGUGGGCGGCGGGGGGGAGGCCUUCGGUGGCGGUGUCGUGGUUGGGCGUGAGGACGAAGGCGCUGGAAUUGGUGAGGCAGCGGGAGGCGUUGACGGCGAGGGUGCAGUUUUUGCAGAUUAGCAUGAUUGCGUCGAGGAUGGGCGAUUUGGAGGCGCGGAUGAAGCUGUUUGAGGAGAAGGGGGGCUCGUCGGUGAGGACGGACGAUGAUACGGUUGAGGAGGACGAGGGGUGGCAGUCGGACUAUGGAGAAUAA